GGUUAUUCUAAAGCUAUGAAUCCGAAGCUGCGGUUGAAGAUUUAUUUUCUUCGCGAAUGGUUGCACACAGUUGAAUUUUGACACCUCAAAACUAAGCAGAUGACUGCUAUCAGUCUUUUUCUUGGCUCUAUUGCUGUGAUACUUUUGUGGCUGCCAAAUCUUCGAGCUAAAGAUGUUUUCCCGUUCAUUGAAGAAUCUUUGUUGCGAUUGGAAGGAAGAUCCAGAGAGAAGAAUAGUGUAACCAAUUCUGAUGAUAAACAAGGUAAUGAAAGUCAUGAUCAGGGCAGUCAUGAUGGAUGGUCACCUUGGUCACUUUGGAAGCCUUGUUCCAGGAGCUGUGAUGGCGGCAUUGCACUCAGUUUCAGAAAGUGCCGCGGGAGAUGUCCAGAUGGAGAACCAAUAAGAAGGCAGAUCUGCAACAUGCAGCCCUGUCCCGAAUCUCACGAUUUUCGUGCCACCCAGUGCACUGCAUACAACAAUCGGCCAUACAGGGACCGCAAGUACGAGUGGCUGCCCUUCUACGACCCUGAGGAUCCCUGUGCUCUCAUCUGUCAGGCGAAGGGCUUCAACUUCGUUGCAAAACUAGCACAGAAGGUGCUGGAUGGCACUCGUUGCAGAGAAGGGGCCCUCGAUAUGUGUGUGGAUGGACAGUGCCAGCCGAUCGGCUGUGACCUUCAGGUUGGAUCCACCUUGAAAGUAGAUGAAUGUGGGAUAUGUGGUGGAGACGGAUCUCAGUGCCAGCGUCCAACAUUUAUUUGGCAUGAAGGAAGCUAUGGAGCAUGCUCCGUCACUUGCGGCGGAGGUAUCCAGCUGUCGGAAUCAACGUGCCGUAAUAAGGAAACGAAUGAGGAAGUUGACCCUAGACUCUGCAACCUGUCCAUCCGUCCCCGAACUAAAGCAAAACACUGCAAUAGACACCCCUGUCCAGUAGUGUGGGCCACCGGCAAGUGGGGUCCUUGCUCGGUGACUUGCGGUGUAGGUGUUCAAUCUCGUCCUGUUUUCUGCGUUCAGGGUGGACCUAACGGGUCCCGGAUAGACGUCAAGUCCGAGUUCUGUCCCCGCCACAAACCCCUUACAGAGAGAUCCUGUUCUGUGGAAGAGUGUCCCAGGUGGUUUCAAGGGCCCUGGUCUCCGUGUUCUGUGACCUGCGGAGAAGGUAUUCAGACCCGAGCCGUUGUCUGCCGUGAUACAAAGAACCAGUACAGUGAGCUCUGCGAUACCAACGAGAUGCCUCGUCCACAGAAGGUUUGUGAGAUGCCCGACCCCUGCCCGCAAACUCCUCGGGGAGAUGAUUCCACCACUCCCCCUCCUUGUAUAUUUACUCCAAGUACAGAGGAAGAGCCUUCCACUCCCACAACUGAGGAACCAACCACAGCAACUGAGCCUAUCAUUUAUCUGACCCAAGCACCACGAAACCUGACCUCUCCCACCUAUUACUUUGUGGGUCCAUGGAGCCGAUGCAACGGCCAAGGAUUCAGACGGAGAAUUGUCCACUGUCAAACAUAUCUGGAAAUCGCUCAAACUGUGGCAAGGCUACCAGACUCCGAAUGCAUAGAUCUGCGACCUGUUGAGGUGGAGCCUUGUGUAACUUCCUGCCCUCCACCGUACCCACCCCGAGAGAAAGAGCCCAUACACGAAAAGAUAGUGGAAAAGGAGGUGGAUACUUCCUUCUAUUCCUGGAACACAGAAAAGUUUACUCCCUGUACAGCCUCAUGUGCGGGAGGCAUACAUACAUCUAUAGUUCGAUGUCUGCGUUUACCAGAUGAAGCGGAAGUCUCCCCACAGUUGUGUGACCAGAGGUUGAAACCCGAACCUCUUACAAGAAAGUGCAAUGAACAACCCUGCCCAAUCAUUUAUAAAUGGAAUAUCACUGACUUUGGUAAUUGUUCCAAAGAAUGUGGUGGAGGGAUCAAAACACGUACGGUGAAAUGCAUUCUAGUAAGUGAGGACGUGGAAGUGAACACUGACCAUUGUUCUGGUCCUCUACAGAAAGCAGUAGACACCUGCAAUGUUUUCGAUUGUGAACCAUCCUGGAAGGCAGAGACUUGGAGCAAGUGCUCUCGUUCUUGUGGGGGAGGUUUCCAGACUCGAAAACUCUAUUGCGAAAAGAUCUUGGCGCCCCUCAGCCAAGCCAUCCAAUUACCUCCCUCCAAGUGCCUUAAGACGAGGCCGAAGGCAAUCAAGAAAUGCAAUCUUAAGCCAUGUCCAACACCUCCGAGAACUACUACAACUACCACAACGACGACGACCACUCAGAAGCCGACAAUAGAUGACGAAACAGAAAUAGCCACAUUACAACCAGGAGAGCACGUUUUUGUACAGAAACACCCCAACAGGCGUGUCACUUUAAAAGCAUCGGGACAAGCAAUUCUCUUCAAAGGUUCGAAUGCGAAGUUCCACUGUCCCGUCCCUCCGGCCUCCAAUACGAGCAGAGUACUCUGGUUCAAGGGCCACUUGCGCAUUCCACCCUCCACGACGAACGGAUGGCCCCGAGUGUCAGUGUCUGGCAAAGGAGCCCUCCGUAUUCACAAGAUAAUCUUCGCAGAUGCUGGCACUUACACAUGCUUGGCCGGGGCUUUUCGGAGCGACGUGAUUGUUCAAGUAAAACCUCUACCUACGAGACAACCGGAUGCCGGAUUUUACUCGGAUACAAGUUCAACCACAUUCAUUUCCACUACACCUGCUCCACUAAUUGAGAAUCACCAUCAGAAAUUGGCGAACCAAUCCAGCCUGCCCCAAGUUCGUCACUUUCUGGUCAACAUGCGGCACUUUGCUGAAGAGCGUAUCAAAUCCGACCCCGUCGUUUUAGAAUACGAGUGGAUCUUCGGGGAGUGGUCGAAAUGCUCCCAUUCUUGUGGUGAAAAAGGAGUGCAGCUGAGGACUGUUGAGUGCCGCGUAACAGUGUUGAACAAUGCCACGCGUCACGUGCCAAAAGGGUUAUGCAUUGAUGGUGGAUUACCCGAACCACCAACUGUCCGUUCCUGUAGACUAGAUCCGUGUCCGGAAUGGAUUACUGGAAACUGGUCAGAGUGUAGCACCAAGAACUGUUUGUCUUGGAAUACCGCCUACCAAAAGCGGAGUGUGCUUUGUGAAAUGGCGAACCGAACGAUCACACCUAGUCACUGUGACAGCAGAAAGAGGCCGACAAGAAAACGAGAAUGCUUCAAUUCCAACUGCAAAGGAAUGUGGAAAGAAGGACAAUGGUCAGAGUGUACUGCCACUUGUGGAAACAAAGGAUUUCGAAGUCGCAGAGUUCAAUGCGUGUGGCAUGGCACAGAAGAACCGGCGCCUCCAAGCGCCUGCAAAGGUUCGGCUCCACAAUCCACGAAGCCAUGUGGAAGGGCUCCUUGCAAAAACGAAGAUGAAGAAGAUUGCUAUGACCAAUCUACUUAUUGUGAUGUGGUGAAAGGUACUAAGCUUUGCGAGGCAAGUCAAUUCAGAUUGCAAUGCUGCGCUUCUUGUGGAAUGCAAGAGUGAAAGAAAGAAGCCAGACCCGGUCCUAAACAGCGUUUCCCACUGCCUCAAGAGAUUCGUCUCCUAGAAACUGCUAUUUAUUGUGCUUCGGUUAGCCUUGUAUGCUCAUUUGCUAACAAAAUAUAUCUCCAGUUCAUAGCUCGAUAGAAAAAAAAUUAAAAAACGAAUUAAAAACAUUCAUAAUAAUUAAUGUCAGAUUUAAAAUAUGAAAUCUUGAACAAUUGCUAACAAAAUGGAUAUAGUUUAUUUUAUUUUGAAAGGCGGAAUGUGUGCUUUACUAUUUUCUUCUUAAUACAGAUAAAUUUUUUAGUACAAUAUCAUCUCUCCCUAAAAAUGUAGUUUAUUCUAUAAACGAUUCUCUUUCAGCAAAACUUUGCAUUAAUU